AUGGAUGCAUUCACAGAAUCGCCAGGGCAAUAUCGGCCACUGUCGCGUAAAUACGACAGAAUUGACAGAAGAUAUAAAUUUUUCAAAGCGAAAAGUGCUGCCUGCUUACAGAUGCAUUAUCCACUGCUGAAAGAUGAAAUGGGAAGACACAUUUGUCAAGUAGUCUCUUUUCACCGCCAGAUUUCAAAAGGAAGAAAAAAAGAAUAUCUUCAAAAUUUUGGAAACGAGCAGGGAGUACUUACUACAAUAAACGAUUUGCCGGAUGAUAUACUGCUGAUGAUAUUUGGUUACUGUCAUCCGAUCGAUUUGAUUAAUUGUUUUUCCUUGGUAUCUCGCCGUUGGAAUAAUUUAGCAAAUAGCUCUACUCUCUUGAACGAAGUUAGAGUUCUGGUUACCUACCGUACACUGGCAUACAAAAGUGUCAAAGAAUUUUUUGCUAAGAAUUCUCACCAUCUUCGCAAACUCUGCAUCGAUUGUACAGUGGUAUUGCCAUCCACUCAAGUUAGCAACUUAUUCGAUAUAUACAUGCCCAACGUCACCCAUCUCGAUAUCAGUUCUUUUGACGAAAUGAAUGCAGCAUUGCUGAAGAAAUUAUCUGAUUGUUUUCCCAAUCUUGAUACGUUACAUAUGGAAGGUGUCAAGCGUUGUUCCUCUCGUGUUCAGUGUUCAGGAGAGUGGAAUGAAAUGUUGAGGCUGUUAUUUGAGAAUGAGAAUACCUUCCCGAAAAUCGAAAAUUUUUUUAUUGGUGAUAUGAAUGAAUAUUGGGAUGGGGCUGACAUGAAACUAUUGUCUUGGAAACGACAACUGAAAGUAUUGCAUAUUGAAAAUGGGGCAGCCAAAAUUAACUUCUAUGGGAUCAGGAUUUCUCCAUGGCGAUUAACACUUACCGAACUUUAUCUUGGGUAUUUCAUUACAAAUCACGAUUUUCGCUACAUUGGUCUUUUGCAUAAUUUGAAACUUUUGUCUUUGGAUAUGUGUCUUUACACCGAUGAUGAGGAUAUUUUGCAUUUGAAGAAUUUAUGCAAUCUGGAGGAGUUUCGUUUAGCGUGUGGUGAUCAAUACUGUAACCUUACUACAGAAGGAAUGAUUAAUUUAUUUACUUUACCAGAUAAAGAACCGGAAAAAUCAUUCCCGUAUAGACUUAGAAAUUUAGCUCUUACCGAAUUCCAGAUGUGCAGUGCGGAACUUGUAAAGGUCAUUGCUAAAAAUUGCCCAAAACUGCGAACGCUCAAUUUGCAACGCAAUGAGUUUAUGGGCAACAAUAUCGUUCAGUUCGUUACCAAAAAUUUCAAUGAUCUGGUCUUGCUAGAUUUAAGUAAAAUCGGUAAUUCCUAUGAAAAUAAAGCUUGGGACAAUCUGUGUGAUGAAAAUUUGCCGAAAUUACGAUUCCUGAGACUUCAUGACAAUAAGCGUCUGAACCUGAAACGCCCUAAACUGAUGAUUACAGUUAGAAUGAAUCACUUUAUUAAUUGGACAGAAACAGAAAGUGGUUGCGUUUUUCAUGACACAUACGAUGGCGAUAUCAACGCGGUUGUGAAUGAUUUAUCUCAAAUAGAUGGGUUCGGUUGUUGUGGCACAGUAAUUCAUUUUCCAUCAGCAUUCAUUUCGGCUUGA